CGCAUGCAUUUCUACAAGUCAACAAAUGUUCAAUCCCGUUGGAAGGAAACUUCGAGAGGAAUUACUUUCAGACAGUCAUGGAAACUGUUGAUCAUGAAUGUUCUGGAGAGAACACAGAUGAGCUGAUCUCUGCAGAAGUGGAUGGGGGUGUUGAUGGUUAUGGACUCAUGUCUCUGUCCCAUGACUACUAUGAUCGUCUGCUGGAUCCUAUUGAUGCACAACUGAGUCAUCUAUAUACCCAGGGCCUCAGACAAAUGCGUGGAGUGAACUCCAAGAGAAAUGAAUUUCCUUCCUCAGGUCAUCUUGAAGGGAGUCUGUCUUUAAGUAAAGACACAGGUUUGGGAAGCACUGUUCCAACAAAUGAUAAAACAUCAUCCACCCCUUCAGAAGGCAAAGGUGACCAAACAGAACAUCAGACAGCGGAUAUUCUGAGGGAGUCAGACGUGUGGCAUUCUGAAGUAAAUGGCAGCUUGCGCUCAGUGUCCAGGGCUGAACAGUGCCGAUGGAGGCUGGAGAAGCUUCUUGGGAAGAGUUCAGAAGUAGCAGGAUUGGGAAAUGAAGAGGAUGAGCUCACGAUGGACAGCAUCUGUACUGAGGACUUCUCAGCACGCUUCAGAGAUGAGAUGCUGGACCUGUCUGAUAAAGCUCCUGAUGUUCCCAUUACCAGCAGUGACACUGCAGACCUCACUGAGCCUCAGAGAAGCCUCUAUCCUCAAAGAUCAAAAAAUAUCCCAAAGUAUCCAUCCAAAACACCUCUUAGGCACCUCACAGGGAUUCACAUGCAGAGUUUUGAUUCGGUCACUAUAGACACUGAUCUGGACACAGUGUGCUCAGAGAAGGUUCGACAGCACCUGAAGUCCGCAUUCACUAACAAAAAUAGUCCAGGAUUUCGUUUAAGCAGAGGAAAUGUGUUCUAUACAGGACCAGGCUUCCAAAACAAUAUUCAAUCCUCCAGCUCUGAUGAUGUCGCGGAGAUGGGUGGUGAAGGUUCAAAGCGGUACUCCAGAGGCAGGAGACAUCCAUCUGGCAGGAAGGGAAAGAAACAGAGUUCUCAAAAGAGCGGAAGAUGUGGCUCCAACACUAGCACAGAGAGACCUCAGGACAAGAUCCGAAUGGAUAAAGAUCAGCUUACAGAGUUGAGGCUGUCACUUGCCAAGCUUCAGCAGCAAAAAAUCACUGUUGUUCAAUUUCUGGAGCGGCUGAGAGAGGAAAUGGACCAGACUAAGAAAGAGCAAAACUCUCUACAGAUCAUUAUGAGGGACAGCAGAGCACAAGUCCAGAACAUAAGGUGUGAGCUGCACAAACUGCAGGCCCAGAGGGAUGUAUGUCUGGAGCAGGUCAGGGUUCUGAAGGACCAGCAGGUCACUUUAGUUCAGAGGAAAAAGACUUCACCAAGCUAUGACAUCAGCUGUCACAAUUGUAUAAGCCGUAGUGUAUCCAUUCUGGAAAGAGAGGAGAUGGACAGACUGCUGAAUAAUACAAAAUCUGAGCUGUUCUCAGAACAGAGGCGUUUCAGAGACACACUGGACUCUAUGAAAGAGAGGCUGGAUGAGGUGAAUCAGGAGCUGGAGCAGAAAGAUGAGGACUUUAAGGCCCUUCAACAGAAACGCAGUGACCUGGAAAAGCAGCUGGCUGAUACAGUCAAAGAAAGAGAACAUGUUAAAGAGUCUUCACAGGAAGCUCUAAAGCAGCAGGUGAAUCGGUUUGCAGCGUUGGAGCGAACUGUUGCCCAGAAAGAACUGCUGCUGCGAGGGCUUGAGGAAGAAAAGAAAGCCCUUCACCUGGAGCUCUGUUCUCUUAGAAAGGAAAACAAGUUAAAGUUGACAGAAAUAGAGAACAGAACAAAAAAGGAGAAGGAACAAGAGAUCAGUAAGUUGACAUUACGGUUAACAAAAAGACACCAAGAGGAACUGCAGACGGUGCGUCUACAAGCAGAUGAGUUGAGAUCAGCUGCUCUCACUGAACAAGCUCGAGCCCACAAACAGAGCGUUGACUCCGUACACAACUGCAUUCAGACGAAAGAUGAGGAGGUUAAGAGACUCAAAGCAGCUCUAGAGCAGUAUGAGGACAAGAUGAGAAGGCAAACAGAGGAGCUGAGAAGAGAAACACAGGAAAAGAUUGCAAAGGCUCUGAAGCAAGAGGAGAGAAAUUGGGAGGAGCAAAGAGAGAAGGCUCUCAGAGAGCAGCGUAGGUUUCUGGAGGAGCGGGUGGAAGAAGCAGUAAAAAGAGAGAGAGAGGAGGUGGAGAAAGAGAGAAAGAACACACUAGCUCUGCAAAGGAAAGUCAAUGAGCUUCAGAAAGCUGAGAAGGAUGCGGCUCAUCUGAAGGAGACUUUACAGCGCUCUGAACAGGAGCUGCAGCACCUGAGGGAAACCCUCUCUGAGAAAGACCAAAAACACCAGAGAAGAUCAGCCAGACAAGAGCGACAGAACAGGAACUGGGCACAGGACAUACACAUCGAGUGUACCUGCCUACAGGAGCUGCUUAAACUCAAUGGCCUCACUUUUGAGAGCAAACACCUGCCUGACAGUCCCACAAUGCCUGAAGCUCUCCAGACUCUGCAGUCUGUCACAAAGGCCACACAACAGCUUAUAAAUGAUCUAAAGAAUGAGAUCAGCUCACAGAGACGCACUACACUGCAGCUUAGCCAUGACGAGGAGCAAGAACUACGCCUGGUGAAAGAACAGCUGACCAAGGAAAAGGAACAAGCACUGACUUCUCUAAAAGAAAAACUCAUUCAGGAGCACAUGAAGGAAAAAAGCAGCCUAUGUAAAGGCAGGCUGCACAUGAAUGAUGACGACACAGACGGACUGUUUGCACAUCUGCGCAGGCAGCUGCAGGCGAAAGAUGAUGAACUCAGGCUGGUACAGAAAAACAUGGCCGAGUGGAAGGGCAAAACCACUGCAAGACUUGCACACAAAUUUCAGUUGGAGGUUACAGCUGAGCUGGAGAGAAGGGUCCCAAACCCGCAAGCAGAGCAGCAGAAAAGACUGGAGAGACUAGAAAAUGAGAUGAGACUUCUGUCUAUGCAGUGCAGAGACUAUAGAGAAUCCCAAUUAUCCUCCAAUGAUCUUCAAAGUGGCCCAGACUUCCAACAUUCCUCAAGUACACAGGACUUUACCUCAUAUAAACUUCUGCAGCAUCUCCAGAGUCGCAUUCGCCAUCUGCAGGCAGAGACACAGACCCCCCGACCUGUGAAGGGGGACAGGGAUGCCAGGAACCUCGGAGGGUCUUAUCUGGAUACGAUUGCUCAAGACCAAGAAAGCUAUAAGAAAGGUUGCUCCCCAGGAAGGACCAUCUCCAGUUAACGUUUACUUCAUUUUUGGCUGUAUGGUUCGAUAAAGAAUCUUUAACAUCCAAAGAACCUUUCUGUUUCACAAAAGGUUCUUUAGAUUAUAUAAAGAAAGAUAUGGUUCUU